UUUUUUCAAUUCAUGAUACUGAUUUGAAUACAACACAUCUCCACUUGAGAGCAUGUUCAAAUGAGCUCAUGCACGCACACAUGCUUUUUGUUUUAUUAUGAUGGUAUUGCACUUCUGUUUCCCACUAUUAUCUAUAUAGUCAAUGUGCAUCUUCCUCUUCUUGGAAGAAUCCACUUGGCAGGCAGUCUCUGAAAUGGGAAACCAUAAGGAUCUUCAUUAAUUAGAAAUCCUGUGUGGUGAUAAAAAAAAUAAAGACCUGUUGUGUUUAUAAUGAUGACUGCCCAAGUUUAAGAGAAAUACUAAAAAUGACCAUCAUGCAAAACAGCUGUUCUAUGAUGUUAAGAACAGAAAUUCAUAUUCAUCACAUGUCUAGUGUAUAUCACAGGAAACUACACUAAAAAAAUUAUAUGCAUCAUGCCAUUUAAUCACACACCUAUCCUACAAUGUAAGGAAGAUUUAGUACUCUCAUUGUGCAUGUGAAGCAACUGCAGCUGAGGGAGAUUAAAUAACUUUGUCAAGGUCACAGAGAUAUAACAUGGUAGACCAAAUUCUGUUCCAGGAAGUCUGACUCACAUCCUAUUUCUAAAUUAUAGGUCUACACUGUACUUUGGAAUAGUUAUAUAUAAAAAAUAAUUGUGAUGAAAGAAUAGAUUAAUAAUGAUAAUAAUAGCUAUAACAUAGAAAGAUCUUACUGUGAUUAAAGGCAUUUUAUUACCUUGUAAAAAUUGUAACAGCAGAAACCACACUUUAGAAACACAAUAAGGCACAUGAGAGAGUUAACUGUGACAUAAAGAUAAAGCAUCAGGUCACAGAAUUAAUGUUGUUUGAGCUGAAAACACAUGUUUUAAUCAUUAUUAUGAAAUGCAAGUAGUAUGGAGAUUGUUAAAGUAAGCACCUUAAACAUCUUUAGUUAAUUUGGAAGGCUAGUAUGAAAGAAAAAAUUGGUUUAUGUCCAUAGAUUUCAAUAAGUGAUUUAGAACCAGUGAGUUGAAGAUAAAAAGAGAAAGACUUCAGCUAAAUUAAAGUAAGUCUGCAUGUUUACAUCAUUUAAAAUAAAAUUGGGUAACCAUUUAAACGACUGAAUGACUGGCAUUGGGAUGACUACUAGAUCAUGAAUGAUGCCCACACCAAGGGGGUACUCAGAAGGUGAUGACCAGCUGAGAUGCCGUUUGGCUGUUUACUGGAGGUUGCUUUUUCCUCCUUUAGAACUCACACCAGCUGCAUGGAAGCUGAAAACCACACAGAAGCAUCUCAAUUCCUCCUCCUGAGUCUCUCAUAUGAUCCUGAACUGCAGCCCAUCCUCUGUGGAGGGUUCCUGUCCAUGUAUAUGUUUACUGUACUUGGAAACCUGCUCAUCAUUGUGGCCAUCAUCUCUGACUCCCACCUCCACACCCCAAUGUAUUUCUUUCUUGCCAACCUGUCCUUUGUUGACAUCUGUUUCACCUCCACCACCGUCUCAAAGAUGCUGGUGAAUAUCCAGGCACAAAGGAAAACCAUCUCCUACAUUGGGUGCCUCAUUCAGGUGUAUUUUACUAUGAUAUUUUCUGGAAUGGACCAGUGCAUCCUGACUGUGAUGGUCUAUGGUAGAUAUGUGGCCAUCUGCCACCCCCUGUACUACACGGUCAUCAUGAACCCACGUUUCUGUGGCACUCUGGUUCUGAUGUCUUGGUUCAUCACUGUCUCAGUCUCCCUGCUUCAUAUUCUACUUAUGAGGCAGCUGACCUUCUGUAUCGGCACUGAAAUUCCACAUUUCUUCUGUGAACUGACUCAGACACUCAAGGUGGCCUGCUCUGACAACUUCGUAAAUACCAUCGUCUUGAAUGUGGCUACUGCCAUUAUGGGUGUGUUUCCUUUUAUGGGGAUUCUAUUUUCUUACUCUAGGAUUGUCGCCUCUUUAAUGAGAAUAUCCUCUGCAGGAGGGAAAUAUAAAGCAUUUUCCACCUGUGGUUCUCACCUCUCCGUGGUCUCCUUGUUCUAUUGUACAGGCCUAGGGGUCCAUAUCAGUUCUGCUCUGACCCAUUCUUCCCUACAAAACUCAAUUGCCUCAGUAAUGUAUGCUGUGGUCACCCCCAUGCUGAACCCCUUCAUCUACAGCCUGAGGAACAAGGAUGUGAAGGGGGCCCUGAGAAGGCUCCUCAACCUAGCAGCACCUUGUCUGUGAUGGAUCUCUGGCCUCAGAACUAACAUUGUGUGCCCAAAAGUAAAUGUCAAAUUUAAAUAUCUGGUUCUUU